UAUUUCGCCAAGGGGAUAUUGGAACCAACUGGUAUGCUGUCCUGGCUGGGUCUUUGGAUGUUAAAGUAUCUGAGACCAGCAGUCACCAGGAUGCUGUGACCAUCUGCACUCUGGGAAUUGGGACAGCCUUUGGAGAGUCCAUUUUGGACAACACACCUCGCCAUGCAACUAUUGUUACCAGGGAAAGCAGUGAGCUCCUCCGUAUUGAACAGGAAGACUUCAAGGCACUAUGGGAGAAAUACCGACAGUAUAUGGCCGGACUUCUGGCUCCUCCCUAUGGUGUUAUGGAAACGGGCUCCAACAAUGACAGGAUUCCUGACAAGGAGAAUACACCUCUCAUUGAACCUCCCGUUCCUCUCCGUCCUGCUCACACCAUUACCAAGGUCCCUUCGGAGAAGAUCCUCAGAGCUGGAAAAAUUUUACGAAUUGCUAUUCUCUCUCGUGCUCCCCACAUGAUAAGAGACAGAAAAUACCACCUAAAGACAUACAGACAAUGUUGUGUUGGGACUGAGCUGGUAGACUGGAUGGUGCAGCAGACUUCCUGUGUUCACUCCCGGACUCAAGCUGUCGGCAUGUGGCAAGUCUUGCUGGAAGAUGGUGUCCUCAACCACGUGGAUCAGGAGCGCCAUUUCCAAGACAAAUAUUUAUUUUAUCGAUUUCUGGAUGACGAGCAUGAGGAUGCCCCUUUGCCCACUGAGGAAGAGAAGAAGGAGUGUGAUGAAGCGCUCCAGGACACCAUGCUGCUGCUGUCCCAGAUGGGCCCUGACGCCCACAUGAGAAUGAUCCUGCGCAAACCACCUGGCCAGAGGACUGUGGAUGACCUAGAGAUUAUCUACGAUGAGCUCCUUCAUAUUAAAGCCUUAUCCCAUCUUUCUACCACAGUAAAACGGGAGUUAGCAGGUGUUCUCAUUUUUGAGUCUCAUGCCAAAGGAGGAACUGUGUUGUUUAGCCAGGGGGAAGAAGGUACCUCCUGGUACAUCAUUCUGAAAGGAUCCGUGAAUGUAGUCAUUUAUGGCAAGGGUGUGGUCUGCACCCUGCACGAGGGAGAUGACUUUGGCAAGUUAGCUCUGGUGAACGAUGCCCCGAGGGCUGCCUCCAUUGUUCUUCGGGAAGAUAAUUGUCACUUCCUAAGAGUUGACAAGGAAGACUUCAAUCGGAUUCUGAGGGACGUUGAGGCGAAUACAGUCAGACUUAAAGAACACGACCAAGAUGUCUUGGUACUGGAGAAGGUCCCAGCAGGGAACAGAGCUUCUAAUCAAGGAAACUCACAGCCUCAGCAAAAGUAUACUGUGAUGUCAGGAACACCUGAAAAGAUUUUAGAGCAUUUUCUAGAAACAAUACGCCUUGAGCCAUCUUUGAAUGAAGCAACAGAUUCGGUUUUAAAUGACUUUGUUAUGAUGCACUGUGUUUUUAUGCCAAAUACCCAGCUUUGCCCUGCCCUUGUGGCCCACUACCACGCACAGCCUUCUCAAGGUACAGAACAGGAGAGAAUGGACUAUGCCCUCAACAACAAGAGGCGGGUCAUCCGCUUGGUUCUGCAGUGGGCGGCCAUGUAUGGUGAUCUCCUCCAAGAAGAUGAUACAGCCAUGGCUUUCCUGGAGGAGUUCUACGUGUCUGUAUCGGAUGACGCACGGAUGAUGGCUGCCUUCAAGGAACAGCUGCCUGAGCUGGAGAAGAUUGUCAAACAGAUCUCAGAAGACACGAAAGCUCCACAGAAGAAGCACAAGGUGCUUCUGCAGCAGUUCAACACAGGUGACGAGAGGGCCCAGAAGCGGCAGCCUAUCCGUGGCUCUGACGAGGUUUUGUUCAAGGUCUACUGCAUUGACCACACCUAUACCACCAUCCGUGUGCCCGUAGCCGCCUCAGUGGAGGAAGUCAUCAGUGCAGUAGCCGACAAACUCGGCUCUGGGGAAGGCCUGAUUAUCGUCAAGAUGAACUCUGGAGGAGAAAAGGUGGUGCUCAAACCUAAUGAUGUCUCAGUAUUUACGACGCUCACCAUUAAUGGACGCCUGUUUGCCUGCCCGAGAGAGCAAUUCGACUCACUGACUCCCUUGCCGGAACAGGAAGGCCCAACCACUGGGACAGUGGGGACAUUUGAACUGAUGAGCUCCAAAGACUUGGCAUACCAGAUGACAACAUAUGAUUGGGAACUCUUCAACUGCGUGCAUGAGCUGGAGCUAAUCUACCACACAUUUGGAAGGCAUAAUUUUAAAAAGACCACAGCAAACUUGGAUUUGUUCCUGAGGAGAUUUAAUGAAAUUCAGUUUUGGGUUGUCACUGAGAUCUGCCUUUGUUCCCAGCUCAGCAAACGUGUUCAGCUUUUGAAAAAAUUUAUCAAGAUAGCGGCUCACUGCAAGGAGUACAAAAACCUAAAUUCCUUCUUCGCCAUCGUCAUGGGACUCAGUAAUGUCGCUGUGAGCCGCUUGGCACUUACUUGGGAGAAACUGCCGAGCAAGUUUAAGAAGUUCUAUGCGGAGUUUGAAAGCUUAAUGGAUCCUUCCAGAAACCACAGGGCAUACAGACUGACAGCAGCCAAGCUGGAACCCCCUCUCAUCCCUUUCAUGCCCUUGCUUAUUAAAGAUAUGACAUUUACUCAUGAGGGGAACAAGACGUUCAUUGACAAUCUAGUAAACUUUGAAAAAAUGCGCAUGAUUGCAAAUACUGCCAGGACAGUGCGGUACUACAGGAGUCAGCCCUUCAAUCCGGACGCUGCUCAAGCUAAUAAGAACCAUCAGGAUGUCCGGAGUUAUGUACGGCAAUUAAAUGUGAUUGACAACCAGAGAACUUUAUCACAGAUGUCACACAGAUUAGAGCCUCGCAGGCCAUAGACAUCUGAAGUGCCCAGAGUGAUGUUUUGUCUCCAGUCCACAAUCUUUCAAAAGAUGCUGUGUAUGUUACUACUGUGUUGCUACCAGAGAAUUCUCCAGAAUGAGCAAGAGACACAUCCUGCUUUCUGACCACCCGGGAGAAGCGAUCUGACUUGUCUAACACUGACGUGCUGUAGCUUAGGAAUCGUCAGGUAUAGUCACCCCCCCCCAUUGUCGGCAUGCCACCGACAGGCUCACAUGAAGAAGUAACCUUGGCGGGGGCUGCAUCAGGCCCCUGGCAUCCCUUCCCAGGCUCUUUGCAGCAUGAGACUGUGCUGUGGAUAGAUUUGACUCGAUGCGCAGGCGAUGAUGUAAUUGAAUGACUUGUUCACUUAGGACCUUACUUGGAGUCUGGGGUCUGGGGAGGGUGUUGAGGAUAUCAUAAAAGUCCAAAUUAUAGGUCGUGUUCCUCCAUCUUCAUAAUCUUACCUCUGAAGGAAUGGAACCUCGCCACACACUAUGAAGCAUUAUGGCUGUUUGGUCUGUCAUUUCGGAAUGAUCUAUAGAAUAAUAUGUUUACAUUGUAACUUUUGAAAACCUACAAAUCAGGAUUGCAUACAUAAGAAUUCCACUAAGAAACACCAAGGUUCUUAAUAUCGCCAGCGUUAAAAUAGAAAGUAAUAUUUCAGAAGAGCACAAUAUGCACAAAACAUUUUUUCAAAAUUGAAAUAUUUUCCUGGGCAUUAAAAAACCUUUCCACUACAAAUUUAUUGUUACUGAUGAGGAAAAAAAGCAUAUUUUCUGGACUUAAGUGUUAUUACAAAAAUCUUAAUUUUCAGCAAUUGUUUUGCACUUUCAGAUAGAUUGUAAAUAGGUUAUGCAAUCAAUGGUAUAGAGUUAUUUAUUUGCUACAUAAUAGACAUUGUGCCAAAUAAUUCCUUUUUAUUUAUUUUAUUCAGUAUGAA